CGAAAUAUAGUCGUAUUUAUGUCAGUUUAAGGACGGACACUUACUGUAUGUAUGGCAGCUACAUAUAUGAUAUAUUAUUCCGUUCUUUUUCGGAGGUUAAAGCGUUGCCUUGGGCAAUAAUUCUUGCCAAAUUUUGUGAAGAUAUUUUAUCAAAUAAAAAGUCUUUCAUAGGAGGUCUUGGUUUUGAUCGAUCAAUUUUUGUGUUAUGUCCGGGGUAUAUAAAAUUACCAAAACAACAAACAUAUCUGUUAUAGUGAAGUCAAAAUAAAAAAACAAAAUUAUUUUUUCAAUUUAUUCAAUCCCUUCAGACAUUGAUAUAUUUUUCUGCACGUUUUAUUUCAAUUUCAAGUCAACAACAUGAACUGCUUACGCCAUCACCGUUACGAUUGUGGGAUAUGUCAUGAGGAUUCACCGAGAGUUUCCAAUUGCAAUAUCAAUUUACUAUCGUUGGAUGAGAUUGUGCAAGUUAUGCAGAAAGUAGUAUAUGACACGGUCUGUACUGCGAUGCAAUGGAUAUUGAGUGAUGUCACUGGUGAAUAUUUCUAUCCUGAUCCGAAAAUUGUACCCGAUACCAGAGAGGACUAUCCAGACUUUCUUAGCUUUGAUGCUAUAUAUAAGGAGAAGUGUAUUAAUUGGGUUAAUAUACAGGACUUUUCGGUGAAUGAAAUAUUCCAGCAAGUACGCGAUUAUAUAUAUCUCUGGAAUUUAUCGGAAUGUACAAAAUUUACGCUCGCCAUCAAUGACAAAGCUACUAUUAUACCAAAUAAAGGUUCGAGAUAUUUUCUAGAUGCCACAUUUUCGAAACCCACACCGGCUUGCCCCAACCCCUUAGCGGUGGCUAAUGUACAUUUCACCGCUAUUGUACCAGCACACCUGCCUAAGCAUUUCCCCGUUAAAGUAAUGUACCGUUUUGAGGGUUAUCGUCGACAAUAUCAUACGCAUGGACGGCAUGAAGUGCGCAGCAAGGAUUUUCAGCGAUACUUUAUCGAUUCGAUACUGCAAACAAAGUUAAUAUUUUAUUCGAAAAUAUUCGAAUGUCGUCAUCCACAUGUGAAAUUGAACAAAAGUUCACUGGUAGCUGAUGAAGCAGAGGAGGAAGAUGAUACUAAAGGUUUUGACAGUGAUAAAUCUGAUGAUGAUGAAGACGUAUCGCGGAAAGAACAAACAGAUGUGUUAAGUUUGAUUAGCACGCUUUUGAAGAAGUGAGCAAAAACUGUGUAGAUGGUGAGCUUGGACUGGAUAAGAGUAUGGAAAAAUAUGUGUUCGUAUUAUCCUACUAUUUUGCACUCAAUCUGCCGAUUUUGUUUUAUGAUAUGCAUGUAGCGAACGAAAUUUCGAGAAUAUUAUAUUUUGA